GCUAGAUAGGGUAACCAGCUACCUGUACCGGUAGGAUAUCCUUGACCUUCUGGGACCUAAAGUCCGUCGAAGGGACAGAUCGAUCCGCAGAAAGAGACCCGGAGAUCCAAAGCAAGUUGAAGUCUCGCGAUCAGCCAUGUCAUUGUAUCUCCUUCCACAUCAUCCCACAUUCCACAUGGACAGGUAGAAUCUCAAAGAACCAAAUAGAAUUUCGGAGCUGGAGCUGUUGAAACUUCAACAACUAUCCUAGCUUUCCCAAUGGUUAGCAAUUACGCAAGAUUAGUACCAGUGGCUACCUGUUGACCAGUGACAUGGGUGAUGCUAGGGUGAGGGCGAAUCGUACGCCGUUUGCAGCACACUGGCUCCGAGGAACCCGAGAAGGGCCGAACAACACCCAAGGAGAAAACACAACACAAGCAACUUCACCUGUGAGCAUUCGUCGGCGAGCAUUCUGGAAGGAAGACACACUACAGAUACCACAAGCAAGCAAGCAAGCAACAAUCUAUUCUUCUCUCUUAUAAAACUCUAGUUAGCUAUAUACAAGAUGAGAUUCAGCAGUGCAGCGUUGGCGUUUUCUCUGGUGGUGGUUGGUGCCUUGAGCCCCUCGAGUGCGUUUGUGGCGUCUCCUGCCAUCACUUCUUCCAGAUCAUCGGCAGCCGUAGCAACUCCUGCUACGGCUCUCUCCAUGGUGGCCACCAACGAGGUUGUCACGAGCGAAGCCAAGCCACGAAAGACACGAGAGGAACGUCUCCAACUGGCUUCCAAGGGUCUUCAAGUCCACGUGGUCGGUCUCUCCAUUCACCACUGCAAAGUAGAAGUCCGUGAGAAAUUGGCCAUUGCCGAAGCCGAGUGGAAUGCCGCUUCCAACGAAAUUAUUGCCGAUGGCGUCGUGGCCGAAGCGGCCGUCUUGAGUACCUGCAAUCGCUUUGAAGUCUACUACUCGGCAUCCGAUCCUCGCGCCGCCAUGGCCAGUGUCACGGAAUACUUGGCCCAACGAUCCGGUCUUCCCGUGUCGGUCCUUCGUCAGAAUCUAUUCAUGCUGUCGGGAGACGAUGCCGUCUGGCACAUUAUGCGAGUCUCGGGAGGAUUGGAUUCCCUCAUUGUGGGAGAAGGACAAAUUCUAUCCCAAGUUCGUCAGUGCUACUUGCAUUCCGUCGAAGAAGAUGGAUGCGGUGGAAAAGUCUUGGCCCGGCUCUUGAACAAUGCCUUGGCGGCUGGAAAGCGCGUUCGUUCCGAAACGGCCAUUUCCAAGGGAUCCGUCAGUAUUUCCUCGGCCGCCGUCGAACUCUCCGAAAUGCUCUCCAUGCCUGACUUGAAUCUGCCCUUUUCGGAAGCUCGUUUGACCGUCGUGGGAGCCGGAAAAAUGACCCGAUUGCUCGUUAUUCACUUGGCAUCGCGUGGUUUGGAAAAGAUUACCAUUGUCAACCGAUCCGUGGGACGACCUCAGGAACUCCAGGAAGAGUUUCCCGAUGUCGAUAUUGAAAUCAAAUUGAUGGAUGACUUGUGGGAUGUCGUGGGACGCUCCGAUAUUGUCUACACAGCAACUUCUUCCGUCGAUUAUGUUGUGGACGAACAAAAACUAGAAGAAAAUGGAUUGGCCAGUGGAAGACCUUUGAUGUUGGUGGAUAUUUCCGUUCCUCGUAAUGUCAACGAUGACUGCAAGAAUAUUGAAAGUGUUACGGCCUACAGUGUCGAUGACCUCAAGGCUGUUGUCGCCAAGAACACUGCCAUGAGACAACGCGAAAUGAUCGAAGCCGAAAACCUCCUCCGGGAAGAAGCCGACGCCUUUAUUGGCUGGAGGGAGUCUCUGUCGGCCAUCCCCACUAUCAAUCAACUCCAGGAACGUGCCAACACGUUCCGUGAGGAAGAAUUGCAAAGGUGCACUCGCAAACUCUCCAAUGCCAACUUGAACGAUAAGGAAUUGGAGGCUGUCGAACGCUUGUCCAGGGGAAUUGUCAAUAAACUCUUGCAUGGACCCAUGGCACAUCUGCGCAAGACAGAAUCGGUAGAGGGAAAACAGGCUACUUUGAAGGAAUUGAAUGCCAUGUUCCGCCUCGACGAGGAAGCUAAUGGACGUGGAAGAAGCAACCGCAGAAGAUAGAUGGGUUGUCUUCUUACUACUACUCUAGAGAGAAAUGGAAAUCGUGGCGGCUAAUGCUACGCUACGUGUACAGUAAACAACAAACAAAACAAAACCUUACAGUAAUUGCCUAUAGAUUCAACCUUCUGUCUUC